AGACUGGGAGUGUGAGGCAGGGCUUCCCACGGAAUGGGGGCGCGGAGCCGGUCCUCCCGAGGAGCGGGCGCGGCUGGGAAGGCCGGUCGGGUCCUCUCGAGGAGCGGGCGCGGCUGGGAGCGCGGGGCGCGGCCUCAUGAGGAGAAGGGGCGGUGGGUCCUGGGGCGUGCCGGAACCCUUGAGGAAGAAGCGCUGGUCUUCUGGAGUAUGACCACCGGAGCCGGCCAGGCCUCGGGUUGGGGCGGGGCCUCAGGGGUGGGGUUGGGACUUCGGGAUGAGUUCUCCAGAGGUGAGAGCUGGGGUCGUAGGGUGGACCGGCGUCUGCUGAGGAAAGGGAGCUGCUUGGAGCGCGGGGCGAGGGACUCACGUGGAGAAGGCGUGGGCCCGACGGCGGGCGGGGCGGGGCCUCAGGAGGAGCGGGUGCAGAUGCUAGGGAGGGGCGGGGCCCCUGGGAUGGGGCGGUGUCUCCCGAGGAGUGGGCGCGGCUCGGAGCGUGGGACUCCUGAGGAGAGAGCGCGGCUAGGGUGCAUCCGGGGCGGGGCGGGACCAAUAGCGCAUACUUAAGCGGCCCGGGCGGGUACCGGCAUCCCGCCAUGGCUCUGCGGCGCGUCUUGCCCGCGCUGCGCCCCUACAUUCCCCGCUUUGCGCCGCUGUCCACGGCGCCGGCCGCCAGCGAGCAGCCCGCCGCGGGCCCAGGGGCCGUGCCAGGACGUGGGUCGGCCAGCGCAGUGCGGCCGCUGGUGCCCGCCGUGGACUUCGGCAACGCGCACGAGGCGUACUGCAGCCGGCGAACCUGGGAGCUGGCGCGCAGCCUGCUGGUGCUGCGCUUGUGCGCCUGGCCCGCGCUGCUGGCGCGCCACGAGCAGGUGCGCGGGGUGCAGGCAGGGGCGCGGGGCUUCUGCCCGUCCCGGGAGCCUUUACGGAGCUUCCUGGCGGGAUCUGGUGGUGUUGAUUUCUCAGGCAGAAACAGCACCAGAGGCCAAUGGGUGGGGGGAAGGAUAAAAUGUGAGCGAAUGGGGCUGAUCCAGGCCUUCUCACUUCUCAAGGAAAGUGUUGCAAAGAUGGGCAUCGCAUCCGGGGCUGAGAUUGAGGACUGGUUCAUGGCGGAGACCCUGGGAGUGUCUGGCACCGUGGACCUGCUGGACUGGAGCAGCCUCAUCGACAGCAGGACCAAGCUGUCCAAGCACCUGGUGGUCCCCAAUGCACAGACAGGACAGCUGGAGCCCCUGCUGUCCCGGUUCACUGAGGAGGAGGAGCUACAGAUGACGAGGAUGCUACAGUGGAUGGAUGUCCUGGCCAAGAAAGCCACAGAGAUGGGCGUGCGGCUGAUGGUGGAUGCCGAGCAGACCUACUUCCAGCCGGCCAUCAGCCGCCUGACGCUGGAGAUGCAGCGGAAGUUCAAUGUGGAGAAGCCGCUCAUCUUCAACACAUACCAGUGCUACCUCAAGGAUGCCUAUGACAAUGUGACCCUGGACAUGGAGCUGGCUCACCGUGAGGGCUGGUGUUUUGGGGCCAAGCUGGUGCGGGGUGCACACCUGGCCCAGGAGCGAGCCUGUGCAGCAGAGAUCGGAUAUGAGGACCCCAUCAACCCCACGUACGAGGCCACCAACGCCAUGUACCACAGGUGCCUGGACUACGUGCUGGAGGAGCUGAAGCACAACGCCAAGGCCAAGGUGAUGGUGGCCUCCCACAAUGAGGACACGGUGCGCUUCGCACUGCGCAGAUAGAAUCUCGCUCUGUCACCUAUGCUGGAGUGCAGUGGCGUGGUCUCAGCUCACUGCAACCUCUGCUUCCCAAGUUCAAGCAAUUCUUCAUGCCUCAGCCUCCCAAGUAGCUGGGAUUACAGGCAUGUGCCACCACGCCUGGCUAAUGUUUUGUAUUUUUAGCAGAGACAGGGUUUCACCAUGUUGGCCAGGCUGGUCUCAAACUCCUGGCCUCAAGUGAUCCUCCAUCAGCCACUGUACCCAGCCUUUUAAAAAUUAACAUUUGACUUAUUAAACUUCACAAUUAAAAAACUAAAUUUCAUCAGGGUAUUCGGAUGGCUCCUGAAAGGUACAAAUGUAGUGUUGGAGCCCAGUCCCUCAGGAGGCCUCCACAGCGCUGCCUCAUUUAUAAGCAGUUCCCUUAACAUUUUAACUACAUCUGGAAUGUAACGGUUUGUUUUCUCUUUAAACAUUUGUCCCAUGGAGCACAACUUCGGUAAAAUUCUAACAAGUCAAAUGCAGAAGUUAGGUGAAGUCAGUUCUUGGAUACUCCUGUACUGUCACCCUGGUCUUAUCUCAUGCCUUAGCCCAAGCUGUGCACACAAUGGGGUCCUAGGUCCCCCUGCCCUCCCAGAUUCCGCCUUCCCAGGGAUGGGACCCCCUAGAACCCUCGGGGGCCUGGGCAGUGGCCUCGCUGGCUCUCGCCUUCCUAGGAGCUGAGCAGGAGCUCCACUCUCAGCAGGGCAGGGUGCCCCAGAUCCAUGACUUGUGGCACGAGGGGGCUCCCCAAGAAGCUGUGAAGCCACAGGGCAGGCUUGGGGCCAGGGCUGCAGCCAACAGGACACAUCCUGGUGCUGCUCGGGGAGCUGACUCACGGCUCUGAAAUCAUUCAGUGAUGCCCACAUUCAGCCUUUGUUUACGAUGCUGCUACUUUUUCAUGGCCUGAAAUUGCAGCACACCCAUUUUUGUGCCCUGAUCCUCUGCUAAUUGUCAUAGAUGUGUUGGUGAUGGGACAGACUCACUUUCUCCACAUGCACAGGCCUGGUGGCCAGCAGUGCCCAGCACUCGGGAGCUGGACAGACUCACUUUCUCCACACGCACAGGCCUGGUGGCCAGCACUGCCCAGCACUCGGGAGCUGGACAGACUCACUUUCUCCACACGCACAGGCCUGGUGGCCAGCACUGCCCAGCACUCGGGAGCUGGACAGACUCACUUUCUCCACACGCACAGGCCUGGUGGCCAGCACUGCCCAGCACUCGGGAGCUGGUGGGGGGUGCUCUCAGCUUGUCAUCAGGACUCCCAGCCUCUGGGAGGACUCUCAAUGCUGGUGGACUCACAGCCUGACUAGACACAUCACCAUCCAACUCCUAAAGGACAGCCUGCCCUCAGCAGGGCUUCCUCUCUCCAGCUUCGCCCUGGCACCUGUCUGUCCCUACUAUCUUGCUGUGGCAGUGGCUUCCCCAGUGGACACAGCUUCCCCCUCCCGAGUGGCAGCCGGGCUCUCUCCUCUUGGCCCCAAGGGCCCUGUACCGGGCUCCCCCAGUACCAUGCUCACAUCCCUGCCUGAGAGGCUGGACCCCUGCAGGCUUCAGCUCUGCCCCUGCUGUGGGUGGCUGGGGAGCUCUGGGGAGCUGGGGUCCCCUCCCAUGGGUAAGUGGUUCUAGACUAUGGCAGCUGCUCUGUCCUGUGCUGGGCCCAGACUGCCACACCACCCACCCUCAAACAACCCGAGUUGGCUUUGGCCAAGGAACAAACCAGACCCAAACUUAGAGGCUGGAACAGUGGCAUGUUCUGUAGGCCAGGGGUGGGCUGGCUCAGCUGAUGCUUCUGCUGCUGGCUGUGCCUGUGUCCCUCCUGCGUCUGUGAUCUGGGGCCGGUGGGGCCUAAUGAGCUCAUUCAUGGCUGGUGUAGUAAAGGAGACUGCAUCCUGGGUCCAGCGUCCCACAGGCCAGCCCAGGCUUGGGCACGUGGUGGGCUCAGGCUUCCAGAAGGCCUGGAGAGGGCAAGCCUCUGCUUGUGUCACCUUUGGUACCUCCCUGUUGGCCAAAGUGCCUCACGAGGCCAAGCCCAGAUGCCAGGUGGAGUGAGCCACUGUCCUGCGCUGGGAGGAGCCACAGUCACAUGGCAGAGGCUGUGCAGGGGAGGGGGCAGCCAGCAGUGGCACCCGGCUCUCGGGUUCAUGUCCUGGGGUUGAGGAAGACACAAGAUGGAAGCCAGGGCGAUGUGGCAGAGAUGGGUGCCUGCUUUAGACUGGGUGGUCCCGACACUGGAGCCCAGCCCAGGGAUGGAGGGAAAGGGCCUCUGGCCGAUGGGUACUCUGGGAGCCAGGGCUGGGGCAGGUGGAGAACAGGGGAGGUGAGGCCCUCGGGGAGGGAGCGGGAAGCACAGCACAGGCCCCGCCAGUCACCCGGGUGAUGCGUGAGCAGCAGGCGGAACUCGCCCCAGGCUGGGGGCCCCAGUGCUGUGCAGACCAGCGAAGUCGGGAUACCUGGAUAUAGUAAGCUGGAGAUGAAACUUGAGAACUGUCACUGCGUGGAUAUUUCAAAACCUGAGAAUCUUUGUAAGACGCUAUACGGGGUGGUGUGAAGACAGAACAGAGUUGAGGGCCCCACCCCAAUAUCUGAGCAGUGCUAAUAGAUAUAUAAUGCAAGCCACAACUGUAAUUUAAAGUUUUUUGGUAGCUAUGUUAAAAGAUAAAAUGAAUUUCAAGAAUACAUUUUAAUUAACCCAAAAUAUACAAAAUAUUACUUCAAA